GUCUCUAAUUAAGAAAUACCAGAGAGAAAUUUCUGUUCUCAAACUAGAACUUGAUCAACUAAAAAAGGGAAUGCUAGUUGGUGUCAGUCAUGAGGAGAUUAUGACCUUAAAGCAGAAGGUUUUUAGCUUUGUCUGAUGUUCAUUUCAUCUUGUGAUUAAUACGGGCUUUUGUGAUUGUCUAACCAUAUUUUCUUAUGUAUUAUUCGGUUACAUGUGUACUUGGAAGAAGGUCAAGUGAAAAUGCAGUCAAGAUUAGAAGAAGAGGAGGAUGCCAAGGCUGCUCUUAUGAGUAGGAUUCAGAGGCUAACCAUACUCAUUUUGGUUUCUUCAAAGAAUGCAAUUCCUGGAUAUCUGACUGAAGCUCCUAACCACCAGCGAAGUCACUCUUUUGGCGAGGAAGAUAAACUUGAUGCCUUUCGGGAUGGUAUGUUGAUCGAAAGUGAAAGUAAAAAAGAUACUUCUACAGUGUUAUCACAUCCGUUUCAUGAUGGUAGACAUAAAAGAUCAUCAAGUAGAUGGAAUGAUGAAUUAUCCCCAACUAGCAAUGCUAUUACUGAAUCAACACAAGCUGGUGAUCAGCAAAACAAAUCUGGCAGCAGUAAGUUCAUUUCCUAA